AUGCGCCGAGCGAAUCUAUUAUUAUUGGCGGUAUCCAGUCUCUGCGAAGCCAAGCCUCAUAGUUUUAGCAUCCAUGAGGAUGUCCUGGCGCAUCCAGAGUUUGAAGUCGUCUUUGGGAAAACUGUAAUUUCCGAAAACGACGCGAACUUGCUCGUCCAACACUCGGCUCAACAUACAGAAAAGUCGCAACCGACCUCGGCCGCCAGCGGGCACGGCAAGGACGAUGACGAGCCACCACUAUACACAUACGAAAUGAUCAACAUGGGAGACUACCGAGCAAUCUGCUCAAUACCCGUCAUUGAGCCCUCGCCGGCCGAGAACAAGACGGCGACGGAGCUGGCCAAGGCAGAGGAGGCACGCGAGGAAAGCCGUGCCGUAGCUAGUGGAUGGGAGCUCAUCGCUGACCUCGAGGAAACAUGCCUAUACUACGUCUCAGGGUGGUGGAGCUACUCGUUUUGCAGAAAUACGGAGAUUGUGCAGUACCACGCGCUGGCGAGCAGUCCUAAGGGCCAGCCGCCGAAGCGCGACCUGCACUCACCAGAGUACGUGCUUGGCAGGGUGCCCAGGAUACCAUCACAGUCGCGGAGCACGGACCAGGCUACCAUGGACAGCGAGAUGGACCUGAUCCCGGCCGAGAUUCAAGAAAAAGGCAAGCAGAGGUUCUUGGUGCAGAAGCUCGAGGGCGGCACGAUCUGCGACCUAACGGAACGAGAGCGCACGAUUGAGGUUCAAUACCACUGCGUUCCCGGACUCCAGGCUGAUAAGAUCAGCUGGAUCAAGGAGGUGACAAUUUGCGCCUACGUCAUGGUGGUUGAUACCCCGCGACUAUGCAAUGACGCUGCGUUUUUGCCUCCCGAGCCGACGCAAGCCAAUACCAUCACCUGCAACUUGGUGUCUGACGAACCAUCGCUCUUGUUGGAUUCGAACUCGGAUAUUCCUGAGACUCUAGAAGACAAUGACAAGGAGGAGACUGGCGAACCUGUCGGAGGCGCAGAAGCUGUCGCGGCGGCAGCGGCCACGGCACUGAAGGAGCUUUUGCGAGACACAGGGGGCAAAUUCAAGGGCAAGCGAGCUGUAGUCGGUGAUAUCACGGUUGGUUCGCGCAGCAUAUUGUCGGUGGGAGACGAGGCAGGCCGAGCGCCUUUUAAGCUAACGCCACCACGAAGCUUCAUGACGACGGGUCUUGCGCAGGAGCCCAAGCUGCAGGUCAUUGUCGCUCAGGGCGCCAGCGUCCAAGACGGCGGCGCGGUGGAGUCGCUGUCGCGCGAGGAGCUAAAGAAGCUGGAAAUUGAUCCGGAAACAGUCAAGGACAUGGCUGCGCAGGUUCAGAAGCUGGCGGGUGACAACGGGUGGAGGCUGGAGGUGUCCGAGUCCGGUCUGGCAGGCGUGCGCGAGCUCAAGGGCUACAUUGACGAAGACGGGGACGGAGAUGAGGCGGUGGAGAAGAAGGCGAAGAUGCAAGCGAAGCAGAAACGGACCACGAGUAAGGAAAAGGCCAAGAAGGAGAAGAAGACGCAAGUCAAGGGCGACGGGCACAAUAGGCCUGCACCUCUGACACAAGAGGUAGAAGAAGCAGGAGGAGAGGUCCCCAACGAAGAUAUUGGGGAGGAGGAAGGCAGCCAGGAGAUAUUCUACAGAGAUGAGCUCUACUUCUUUGAAUACGCUUUCAAUGCGUCGGAGUCGAGGAAGCUGCUGGAAGCGCAGGACCAUACCAUGUGCAAAAGAACCACCGCCUCGUUCUUGAAAACAUAUGAGGACCUGGGUCCAAACAUGGCAGCGGUGCGGUUGUGGCCGACGUUUAUUCCUAGCGUUGGCCUUGACUCGGAGACAUCUGACGAGUCCGGUCAUGGUGUGCUCGAGAUGGUUCAAUUUUCAGUGGCAGGCAUCGAGAGAGGGGAGCUCUGGACCAUGGACCGCUUCGUGGACCUGAUCUUGGGAGAGAUUCCCCGACUACGGGACCACGUGCAUGGCUAUGGCCGAGGCUUCAUGGAAAAGGGUCACCACAGCCAUGCAGAGCGAUGGAAAGACGACGUGGAGGUAGCCACUAGAGACGUUGUUGGUCAACUGAGGCGUACUCGGUAG